AUGCACAAAAACACCAUAUUUGGCCAGUUUGAGCCCGAGUUGAGUGAGAGCUUGCCAGAAGGAGAAUCAGACAAUUUAAACCGAAGGAGACUUGCUGAGAAGGCAAUGACCAUGCCGACCUCCUCCACCCAACUGCCAGCUCUUGGCCAUAUCAAUGCCACCCAGCAACCCAACUCCAGCAUCUACUUGUUCUCCAUGUUCAUCCACCCUGACAAAGACCUGUACAGAGAAUUUUACAGCCUAUCGAUUGCCCUGAUGGUGGUCAAUGCCAUCAUUUUCCUGGUGGGUGUCGUGCUGAACAGCUUGGCACUGUAUGUAUUCUGCUUCCGUACCAAGACAAAAACCACCUCUGUUAUUUACACCAUCAACUUGAUUGUUACUGAUCUCUUGGUGGGCUUCUCCUUGCCUGUCCGGCUCAUCAUGUUCUACAGUGCAGGGGACUGCCUGCAUUGUUCUUUGGUUCAUAUCUUUGGCUACUUUGUCAACAUGUACUGUAGCAUCCUCUUCUUGACCUGCAUCUGUGUUGACCGCUACCUGGCGAUCGUACAGGUGGAGGCCUCACGUAAAUGGAGGAACCCCACCUGUGCCAAGGGGAUCUGUGUCUUCAUCUGGAUCUUUGCUACCGUAGUGACUUUCUCCAUCCUCACCACGGCAAUACAGUUUGCCCAGUGCUGCCUCUCCAAGAUUCUGGUCCUGAUGGUCUGUGAGUACUUCUUCCCCCUCAUCAUAAUCAUCUUCUUCACUGCCAGGAUUAUGUGUGCUCUCUCCAAGCCCAGCCUCAUGCACCAGAGCCGGGAGAGGAGAAUGAGGGCUGUGCAACUCCUUAUCACUGUCCUCAUUAUCUUCAUGAUCUGUUUCACUCCUUUCCACGUGGGACAGGUAGCCAUCUCCAUCAACUCCAACAUGUCCCCUAAAGUCAGCCUCCUCGUCUACCACGUGACGGUGACUCUGAGUAGCCUCAACAGCUGCAUGGACCCUAUUGUCUACUGCUUUGUCACCAACAACUUCCAGUCAACCAUGAAAAACAUCUUCAGGAAAACCGAGCCAGAGCAAGCCAACGUGGACAUUCUGGCCACAAACAAGAACUCCAAGGGUUCCAACGCAAUCAUCGCAUUCUCCAACACAAUAGGAAGCCCUGUGAGCUUGCCGUCACCAAGCAGUGUCCAGAUCUAA